AUGACUCACGAAGAGACUAAGCUGAGAAAGCGGCUCACUGAUUUUCAAAAUAAUCUGUCCACAUGGAAGGAGGAGCUUGAGAAAAAGACCGGGGAAAUGGAUGAACUGAAAGUGUCACUCCCUCGGGUUCAAGAAGAGCUUGCUCAAGCCCGAGCUUCUCUUCCAGGAAUUAAGGAAAAAGAAGACAAGUUAAUGGAAGAGGUGAGCGUAUUGCGUGCAAAAGUUUCCGAGGAUAAGCAGCUUGUUUCCUCGGGAAUAGCUGGAACGGAACGUCAGAAAGCGUUGGCUAAGGCAAAAAGUGAAGGACUACUCAAGGGCCUGAUUGGAAGAUUAGGUGAUCUUGGAACGAUUGACAAGAAAUACGAUGCAGCUAUCUCUACGACGACGGCAGCGUUGGACUCAUAUGUCGUUGAAACAACUGAUGACGGUCAUGAGGCCAUUGAUUACCUCGUAAAGAAAAACCUUGGUCGCACCAACUUUAUAAUCUUAAACAAGACGAAUGAGUUCAAGGACAGUAUGGAUACGAAGAAGAAAUUCCCUGCACCGCGAUUGUUUGAUCUCAUAGACAUCCCUGACCCACGCCUGAGAAAAGUCUUCUACUCAACUGUUUUCGAUACUCUAGUCGUUGAUACUUUGAAACAGGCUACUGAUCUCUCCUGCAAGGAUCGAUCGCUGCGUAUUGUAACACUUCUCGGCCAGGUCGUGGAUAGCUCUGGUACCGUAUCAGGUGGAGGGCAGCCGAAAUAUGGUCUCAUGGGUAACAAAGAAAAAGGAAAAGCAGAACAAGCCCUACGUGAUGCGCAAAGCAGACUUCCAGCACUUAUCAAGGAACUGGACGAGAAGAGUGAAAUGUUGGCGGAAACGUCCCAGGCUUGUCGUCAGAUGGAGCAGCGCAUUUUUGCCCUGAGCAAUGAUGCAAAUCGUCUUCGUACGCAGUACAAUGCUUGUGACAACGAGAUCCUUAAACUCACUGAAAGAAUAUCCCAUAUGGAGAAGCAAGUGGUCUACGUCAAUGAGCAGCUGCAGAAGAAUCUCGCUGAUGAAGAUGAAGUUGCUGCAAAGAAAGCUGAAAUCGAAGCAGCAACCAUAGAGAGGGAAGAGUGCGCCAAGGAGGUGGCUGCUGCCAAGGCCAAAGUUGAUGUUGUAGCUGCAAAAGUGAAAUCCAUCUUUCAUGAGUUUGUACAGAAAUAUCUCGAUGAAGCAGACACUGCAAAGAAAAGAAGGCAAGAAAUUGAGGAGCAGGCUGUGAAGGAACGUGUGAGCAUAGACUUGAACGAGCACAAUAUGGAAAAAAGAAAACUUGAGGAGAUUGAAGAGUUCCUCAAGAACACACGGCAGCGGAGGGAGGAUUUCAACCGGGACGAGCUGAAAUAUCUCAAAGAACUAAAGAUCUGCACGGAUGAUUUAGCCGAAAAGGAAGCCAGUUUAAAAGCCCUGCAAGUGGAGGUCGACAAGUUGAAAAGACAGAUGGAAGCUUUAACUUUACAUCAAACGCAAGAUUUUGAUAUUAUCCCGAAAGCCGUUAAACCUCGCCAUGCUAACGAUUCACUCGAUGACUCAUUCUUUGGAGACCUGGGCCCAAUAGAGAAGGAGCCUGAAAAGAAAGGAAAGAAGAAGAAGAAAGGUGCUGACGCUGAAGAAGAGUACCUCGAAUCACCAGAUGGAACUGUGCCAAAACUUACUCGCGAAGAUGUAGCUGACCUCGACAGAGAGCAUAUCAAGUUUACAUUGACAAAUACUCGUCACUCAGCCUUUUCCCCUGCCCCGUCCGGCUCCCAGUCUCCUCUCCUGAACCUGAUCGAUCCCUCUAUGCCACAUGCUCGCCUCUCUCUCGCGUCAUCGUCCUGUCCCUCACACCCCACAUCUCUUCCGUCUCUAACCCGACCGGAGUGA